GCAACAGGACGUGUCACUGAAAAGAGGAGAACUCCAAGCAGCGCACUGCAUCAGAAGUCCCACCUCUUCCUCCAAAGAUCUACUCGUUUCGAUCAUAUUUUCUUAGGCCUAAAGCUGGCAUUUACAAUAGUAUAUCUUCUUUGCGGAUUCUAAUCGAAUCUUGUUUGCGGAUGACAAGCACCGGACUACUUUUGGGACGUUAUAGCGAGUACCGAGUAGCCUACCUUAUCUUUCGUGCGGACACUGGAUAGUGAAUUCCAUUUCGCUUCACUGAAGUCUAGCCGCUGUUUUCCUUCAGUUGUUAAUUCCCCGUCUUAAAUAGCGUUUUGUUUGAACUUAAGUAUUUGAGUUAGUUUAAUACUUUAAUACUAGCAAAAUGUAUCAGGCAUUGAGAAAAUUUGUUUUUACCGAUUCACACUGCUUGGGUGAAGAUGGUAUGAAGACUUACGAAGAUCUGUUUGAGAAGUUGGAUACUAAUAAAGAUGGGAAAGUGGACGUUUCUGAGUUGAAAGAGGGCCUGAAAGCGAUGGGGAUAGCAUUUGAUAAAGGUGCAGCGCAGAAAAUAGUAUCCUCUGGAGACAGUGAUAAAGAUGCAGGGCUCGACUUCAAUGAAUUCUCCAGAUAUCUGAAAGAACAUGAGAAGAAACUGAUGCUGACAUUCAAGAGCCUGGACAAGAACAAUGACGGGCGGAUUGAUUCCAUGGAGAUCAAGCAGUCUCUUGCAGACAUUGGGGUGGACAUAUCCAAGGAGGAGGCUGAGAAGAUUCUUAGCAGUAUUGACGCUGACGGCACCAUGACUUUGGACUGGAACGAGUGGAGGGAUCACUUUCUCUUCAAUCCUGCCACCAACUUGCAGGAGAUCAUCCGCUACUGGAAACACUCCACGGUGCUGGACAUUGGUGACAGCCUUAGCAUUCCCGAUGAGUUCACAGAGGAAGAGAAGGUCACAGGCAUGUGGUGGAGGCAGCUGUUGUCUGGAGCCAUGGCAGGUGCGGUUUCUCGCACGGGCACUGCCCCACUGGACAGGAUGAAAGUGUUCAUGCAGGUGCACUCUUCCAAAUCCAAUAAGAUCAGUAUAGUUGGGGGCUUCAAGCUGAUGCUGGAUGAAGGAGGAGCAACCUCGCUGUGGAGAGGAAAUGGGGUUAACGUUCUGAAAAUCGCCCCUGAGACUGCCAUAAAGUUCAUGGCAUAUGAACAGUAUAAGAAGCUGCUGUCAUCAGACAGUGGGAAGGUGCGGACUCACGAGAGGUUUGUGGCGGGUUCCCUCGCAGGGGCGACAGCACAGACAGUCAUCUACCCCAUGGAGGUGAUGAAAACAAGACUGACCCUGCGGAAGACGGGCCAGUAUUCGGGAAUGUUUGACUGUGCCAAGAAGAUUCUGAAGAAGGAGGGAGUAAAGGCCUUUUACAAAGGCUAUAUCCCCAACAUUCUGGGGAUCAUUCCAUAUGCUGGAAUUGACCUGGCUGUGUAUGAGAGUCUGAAAAAUGCCUGGUUAGCACGUUAUGCCAAAGACACUGCCAACCCUGGAGUGCUUGUUCUGCUGGGCUGUGGGACCAUCUCUAGCACUUGUGGACAGCUGGCAAGCUAUCCUCUGGCUCUGGUGCGAACUAGGAUGCAGGCGCAAGCCUCUUUGGAAGGGUCUGAGCCGAUGUCCAUGAGCCAAGUAUUCAAGAAUAUUGUGAAAAAGGAUGGGGUUUUUGGACUCUACAGAGGAAUUCUCCCCAAUUUCAUGAAAGUGAUCCCAGCAGUCAGCAUCAGCUAUGUGGUGUAUGAGUACAUGAGGACAGCACUGGGUAUCUCCAAGUAAAGGGCCCAGCCAGCAGUGGCUUACUUUCAAUUCAGUUUUCCAUUCGCUAUGUUUCAGAUGAUGUUUGGUGGGCAAUGGCAUGAAAAUAUUGGAUUUACCAAAGAUCUCUAGCAAAUUUUACUUGCUAGGAGAGUUGUUAUAUGUGCAGUUUCGUGUCAAUCUGCAAUAGAAGGGUAUUAUUAUAUUACUCAAAACAUGUUGGUUAUAAUAUGUUGCAUGCAUAUGUUUAGUUAAAUGGCACCUUAAAAAUGAGGCACUUAAUCUUGUAUUUGGCUGGAGUGCCUAUCAUUUACACUAUGAGAAAGAGCCCACUGCUGUGUAAGGUUGGAUUCAAAAGGCAGUUUUAACUUGUACAUGUUAUGUAGCCUGCAAUUGAUGAUUGGAUGGAGAAUGUGCCUUAGGAUUCAUGCAGGUUUGGUCUGUGGGCUUUGAUGCCAGUUUCAUUUGUUUGAUGGGCGAACUAAAUUGCCUUCUCCAAAGUUUUGUUAUUUGCAUAAUGUCUUGUUUACAGGUGUAUUUGAAUACAAUAUUGUUUGGAUAUUA